GCAAAAACCCCUCCGCCCAUCGAUACACCCAGAACUACUCCCCUCGUCGAUACCAAACUCCCAUCGUCAAACACCCAAAAAUCCCCUCUCUGAUCUCUUUUAUUUUUGCAUCUUUGCCGAGUUUAAGAUUAAUGGCUGAGUUUCAUCAAAUACCUCUUCAUUAGACCUCCAUAAUCAUCAAACCCUAGAUUUCCCAAAGCCCAAAACCGUGAGGACAGUCGGGGACUUCUCCGGCACUUCUUCAGGGACUUCCGUCGAUUUUUCGGCACUUCUUCAGGGACAGUUUCUUCGCAGGCACUCCUUCCCCAGAUCCCCAAAUUCUAAAAUCAGAUUUGUGCUCGAAUCAGAGAAGCCCAAAAUCACCAUAGCCUGUGACUACUAAACCAGCACCUUUUGAAAGCUAUAGCUCCUGAUUAUAAGUGCAUUUUCUCAGUCAGCUGUGAAAGACUAUUUCUCUUUGUAUGUAGCCACUCUUUCAAUUUCUUUUUCACAAGGUAUAUAUAUGUAUACACAGAAUAUAUAUACAUAGAGAAGUAGAAGAAAGAGGGAGAAAUGGGUUGGUUUCCAUGUUCUGGAUCAUCAAAGCAGACCUCAAAGAAGAGGAAAAAAGAAGAAACACUCGACCAAUUCGGUCCAACUUGAUUCUGAGUGAUCAAACAAAUCAUUUGAAGGGAUAUCAUGUUGGGAUGUAUUCGAACCAACCCUUGCCAUGCCAUUAUUUCCUUCAUUCUCCAAUUUAUUCAAGAAAAUGUCCAAAACCAAUACAGAGACCACAGAUGCUGAUGAGAGGAUGCAGCAGAAAAUAGCGGAAAUGGAAGUAACAGUCAAGGUUCUGGCAUAUGACGACAAGAAUAUCAAAGCCCUUUAUCGUAGGGGUCAAGCUUAUAAAGAGCUGGGACAGUUAGAAGAUGCAGUGUCUGACUUGAGUAAAGCACACGAAGUCUCACCUGAUGAUGAAACUAUUUCUGAUGUCUUAAGGUAUUCUUAACAUCGGGGCUGCUGUCCAAUGGUUGACUCGUUUAUUUGCAGAAAAUGUCCAAAACCAAUACAGAGAAUCGAAAUAGGUUGAAGUAUCCGCACAGAUGCUGAUGAGAGGAUGCAGCAGAAAAUAGCGGAAAUGGAAGUAACAAUCAAGGUGGAGUAGAUCAAGAAAUGGAUGAUGAAGACGAUGAAGAACUAGAUCUUACUUGAAAUG